AUGUCCAGUCGCGCCCCAAAUGCCCGAGUUCGUCGCCGCGAAGAAUUCCAGAUCGCGGUGAUAUGCGCCCUACCCCUCGAAUACGAUGCCGUCGCUUUCGCUUUCGAUGAGAUAUGGGACUCAGGCAUGAGGCACCUUGGGAAUGUGUCAAGAGAUGAUAAUAAGUACACGGCUGGCAGGAUAGGUUCCCAUAAUGUUGUUCUGCUUCUCCUCCCAGGCAUGGGAAAAGUCAACGCAGCAAGCGCAGCGGCAAGUCUUGGGUCGAGCUACCCUAGGAUCGAGCUGGCCAUCAUUAGUGGCAUCUGUGGUGGAGUGCCUAGAGUCGGAACUGACUCUGAGCUUCUUCUCGGCGAUGUUAUCAUCAGCGACGGCGUCAUGCAAUUCGAUUUAGGAAAAAGAUAUCCCAUGGGAUUCAUGCCUAAAGAUACAGUAGAAGAAAAUCUAGGCAGACCGAGCAAGAAGAUACGGUCACUUAUUGCGACUUUCCGGACGCACCAUGGCCAGAAAGCCUUGCAAAUUCGAGCCAGUCGCUUACUAGAGCAGAUUCAGCAAAAUGCAAUCAAUGAUGGGUGCCAGAACCUAUACAAGCGCCCAGAAGCGACAGAAGACCGUCUGUUCGAGGCAGGUUAUACUCACAGGCACCACGACUCUCGUUGCUGUGGCUGUAGCGAAUCAAAUGUCUGUGACGGAGCAUUAAGAGCCUCGUGCAAGGUGCUGAGGUGCGAUUCUAGCCGUCUAGUGUCUAGAAGGUGUCUAGAGACACAAUCAAUGCGCGAACAGGAAAACGCGAUGGCGGCACAAAAAUUUCAAAUCUCCGUCGGACGUGUUGGAUCUGGUGAUACUGUAAUGAAGUCGGGCCUAGAUCGUGACAGAGUAGCUGCUGAGUAUAACUUUGUUGCAUUUGAGAUGGAGGGAGCCGGCGUGUGGGAUGAGUUUUCGUGCAUUGUUGUCAAAGGAGUCUGUGACUACGCGGACAGCCAUAAGAAUAAGAAAUGGCAACAUUUUGCGGCAGCAACGGCCGCUUCCACAACAAAGGCGAUCCUCGAGCACUAUGCCAACACGGAGUAUUUAACACCUCACUCAUGGUGUAGAGCUUUAGUCAUCGUUCCUUAUAUCGAGAAUCUAGACUUUGUUGGGCGAUCCGCGAUUCUCGAUCAACUGAAACAACUCUUUGGGCAUAAUCAACACGGGGAUUUGACUACAAGGGCUCGAUCGAGAGUUGCACUUUAUGGACUGGGGGGUAUUGGGAAAACGCAGAUCGCGCUCGCCUAUGUGUUCUGGUUGCAGCAUGCGCAUCCUGACAUAUCGGUGUUUUGGGUGCACGCAAGUAAUGCAGAACGAUUCUUCCAAGCAUAUUCUGCUAUUGCAUACGAGUGCAGCAUUCCUGGAUAUGAUAAUCCCGAAUCCGACAUCCUUGCCCUUGUGAAGACUUGGCUAGAGAGAAGAGAUCAAGGUCGGUGGCUCAUGAUUGUGGAUAACGCCGACGACACACAACAAUUCUUCCCAUCAUCUGCAAAGGACGACACCACUAAAGAACAUCGACUGGAUGAAGCAUAUGGGGGUUUAGCGCGCUAUAUUUCCGAAUGUAGUCAUGGAUCAAUUCUUAUUACAACCAGGAACAAGCAGGUUGGGUCAAUGUUAAUUCAGGGGAAGCAGUUGCUCGAAGUAGGAAAAAUGAGCGACAACGAGGCUAAGCAGCUCAUACAUACGAUCCUUGAUGACACAGUUCCUGCUGAUGACACUUAUACUCUGUCCAAUCGACUUGAGCACCUGCCGCUAGCCUUAGCUCAGGCAGUUGCGUUUAUACAAAUGAACAGCAUAUCAGUUAAGGAAUACAUCCAGCUUUUAGAUCAAAGCAACGACAUACUAGUAGCCCAGCUGAGCGAGCCAUUUCAGGCCGCCGGCAGAGAUUCGGCAACACCCCAUGCGGUCACAGCUACAUGGAUUGUUUCUUUCAACCAAAUUCAGCAACAAGACAGCCUUGCUAGUGAUGUCUUGUCUAUAGCGAGCCUACUAGAUCGCCAAGGCAUUCCAAAGGCCAUCAUCACUAGGUAUUGUGAGAAAAUGAGUAAUCAGGAAGUGGAUGCUAAUGCAGCAAGAGUUAUGAAAGCCUUGGGCACUUUGAAGGCUUUCUCAUUCAUCUCCGAGGCGGACAACGACACAGUCGACAUGCAUCGGCUUGUGCAGCUAGUUAUGCGAAAAUGGCUCACGACUCAAGGCAGGUUUACGGAAUUUGCACAACAUGCUCUGGAGACGGUGUCAGACGUUUAUCCGUAUGGUAAACAUGAAAGGCGACAACUAUGUCGCGAUUACCUUCCGCAUGCCAACGCUGUGCUCCAAAUUGAGGCAGCGGACUUACAAGGUGGGCAAGCUGCAAGAGCAUCACUGUUGCACCGCAUGACAGCCUACUUCCUUUACCUAGGCCAAUGGAAAAAUGCUGAGGAACGUGCGGCGGCAUGCGUGAAGCUACGGCAGGACUACUUAGGUGAGGAAGACUAUAAUACGUUAACGAGUAUAUCCAGCCUGGCAAUGUCAUAUAUGUACCAAAGCCGAUACAAGGAGGCGGAGGAGCUAGAGUUGCGGGUAGUAGAGACGCGUUUGAAGGUGCUUGGUAACAAGCAUCCACAUACGCUAGGAAGCAUGGCUGGCCUAGUAGUGAUAUAUAUGGAACAAGGCCAGUGGAGUGAGGCGGAAGAGCUAGGGUUACAGGUAGUUAAAACUAGAAAGACAGUACUUGGAGAAAAAGAUCCUUGUACGCUAGCUAGUUCAAAUAGUCUAGCGUUAAUCCAUAGACACCAAGGCCGAUUAGAAGAAGCAGAGGAGCUAUUGAUGUGGGUGAUGGAGACAUGUUCAGAGAUACUUGGAAAGGAGCACCCUAGCACGCUAACGAGCAUGGCUAAUCUGGCAUGCACCUGGAGAGACCAACAACGAUGGGAUGAUGCAAUACGCUUGAUGGAAAACUGCACACGUACCAUGCAAAAGCAACUCGGUUCAGACCACCCCGAGACUCGAGCAUUUUUCUCCACCCUUUCUGAGUGGACAAAGGAACCAGAAAGAGGUCAAUCGAAACCUCACAGAGAGUGGAUCUUUGUUAGCAGGAAAUUGCUCGUUCCCUUAUGUACACCAUGCUUUAGAGAAUGGUUAUUUCAACUGUACUGUAUUGUAUUUCAAAUCUGA